AUGGUAGUGCUUAGCAAUUUUCUUGCACCACAAGAAGGAAUACGUCAUGAAGAACCAAAUACUACUGUGUACAUUAAUGAUAGAGAAGUAGGAAAAGGAAUUCUGUAUAUCACAGAAAGUUUACUUUCUUGGGUGAAUUAUGAUACACAACAGGGAUUUUCUCUUGAAUAUCCUCACAUAUCUUUACAUGCCAUUUCAAGAGAUGAACAAGUACAUCCAAGGCAAUGUUUAUAUAUCAUGGUUGAUGCAAAAGUAGAUCUUCCAGAUGUACCAUUGUCAGCAGCUUCAGAUAGUGGAUCAGAUAAUGAAUUUGAAGAUGUGGAUACACCAAUCACAGAAAUGCGAUUUGCCCCCGAUAACACAAAUAAUUUGGAAACAAUGUUUCAAGCAAUGAACCAAUGCCAGGCUCUUCAUCCUGAUCCACAAGAUAGUUUUUCUGAUGCCGAAGAAGAUAUUUAUGAAGAUGCAGAAGAAGAUGAUUAUCAAUAUUACGAUGUUGGUGCUGGUACAGGUGCCAGUACUGGUGCCGGUGCUGGUGCUGGUGAUGCUCCUUAUAUCUUACCAGGUAAUAGUCUUAGAUUUAAUAUAAAAAAGCUUUUAUUUAAAAAAUCAGUAUCCUAUAAAACUAAAUUUCUUUAUUGGUAUUUCAUUCCUUUAAAACAAAUAGAGACAAAUCAGAAUGGUACAGAAGGAGAUGAUGCUAUGGAUAUAGAGGCAGGUCAAUUUGAAGAUGCAGAGGAAGAUCUAUAA